UCCUAGAUAUAUAACUAAUUUCUUCCAAGGUUAGGUGAAAACUGCAAGGGAGGAGUUGGAGGGCGGCGCCCGUUUUAGGAUGGAUUCCGAGUAGGGGGCAGGGUUAUACAGGCACACUGAGACUUCAUUGAGCGCAGUGCACUUCUGCAUGAGUGGGUUCUGUGUAACACUGAAGCUACUGUGCCCUUUCACGGACUGUAUCAUCAUCCUCAGCCCCUGGCUGCUCGAUCCCAGGGAUGUGCGAACCAGCUUCAUGGAGGCCGUGCAAGAUCCUACAACUACAUUGUGAAUGCGCACAAAGACUGAAGAGGAUAUCCGAUGUAAAUACAAAAUUGCGCAACUACACGCGUGAGCAUUAUUAGCGCACAUUGACUAAAGCGAGCCAGUUGGACAGAAUGAUGAUUGGUCACAGCUUCAGCUUAAAAAAGAAAUGAUUGAGGUUUCAAUUGUUCAUACUGGCAAAAAAUAAGGAUUUAUAGUUGACAUUUGAACCAUAUUCUGGGUAAAGGAAGUUGGAAUCCUCUGAAGCUACUUUUUACAUGCUUAAGCUGUCUGACCUUAUCUGAAAUGCUGAGAAGAAAACUAAGGCACUGUAAAAGCUUCAAUCUCUUCAUUCUUAUUGCUCUUACUGUGGGAACACUUACAUUUCUAAAAAACCACCACAAACAUCCACUUUUCAGCAGCAGGAAUUUGGAGUUGACAGAUGAUUAUCUGGGCAGUCAUAUUAACUGCACCAAGAUUAUACGAGGGCACAUAGAGGAAAUACAAAAUGCCAAGUUAGAAAUUUUAACCGUUAAGUACAAAAAACAGAGACAUCAACUGACAGAAAAUGACUACAUUAACAUGACGAACAAUUGUGAUUCCUUUACCAAAGAGCGUAAAUAUAUUCUUUACCCCCUUAGCAAAGAGGAAGAAAAGUUCCCCAUUGCAUAUUCUAUUGUAGUGCACCAUAAAAUUGAUAUGCUGGAGAGAUUGUUGCGUUCUAUAUACAUGCCUCAGAAUUACUACUGUAUUCACGUUGACAAAAAAUCUUCUGAAUCUUUUUUGAAUGCAGUCAAGGCAAUUGCAUCUUGUUUUGACAAUGUUUUUAUUGCUAGCCAGUUGGAGAGUGUAGUGUACGCAUCGUGGUCUCGAGUACAGGCUGACCUUAACUGUAUGCACGAUCUCAACCGUAUUAAUGCACAAUGGAAAUAUUUGAUCAACCUCUGUGGAAUGGACUUUCCCAUAAAGACAAAUCGGGAGAUGGUAGAGACAUUAAAGGCCUUAAAAGGGGAAAACAGCUUGGAAUCUGAAAAAAUGCCCUCAAACAAAGAACGACGCUGGCAAAAACAUCAUGAGGUUGUAGAGGGCAAAGUGAAAAUAACGGACGUUAACAAAAAUUCCCCACCAUUUGAAACAAAGAUAUUUUCUGGCAGUGCCUACUUUGUAGUAAGUAGGGCUUUUGUUAAUUAUGUUUUAACAAAUGAAAAAAUGAAAGAAUUUUUGGAAUGGUCUAAAGACACUUACAGUCCUGAUGAAUUUUUAUGGGCUACUAUUCAGAGAAUACCAGAUGUGCCAAGUUAUCUUCCAGCCAACAGUAAAUAUGAUGUUUCUGACAUGAAUGCUGUUGCCAGGUUUGUAAAAUGGAAUUACUUUGAAGGAGAUUUGACCAAAGGAGCUCCGUAUCCACCAUGCAACGGUGUUCAUGUUCGUUCAAUUUGUGUAUUUGGUGCAGGGGACUUGCAGUUCAUGUUGGGGAAACGUCAUUUAUUUGGCAACAAGUUUGAUAUUGACGUUGACCCUUUUGCAAUUCAGUGCCUGGAGGAGCAUUUAAGACACAAAGCUUUGUACACUCACAAACCUAUUUAAUUAUUUUUUUUCUACUUGUUGAUGGUUUACAUUGAAAGUGCUGUUAUACAGCAUUCUGAUCUUAGUAUGAAGGAACGAUUUGCUAUCUUGCACAUUACAAGGCAGAAUUAAAGGGAAUGGCACACAAAUCAUGAAUCUACGUUACAGCAGCUCCUAUGUAGCGGCACUGUGGUGUCCUAAAACCCACCUGCUUACCACUAUAAAAGCUUAAAGGGACAGUAAAGUCAACAACAUUUCUGAUUUCAGAGAACAGGCUAUUUUAAUUAAAAUUGACUUUCAUUAUUUAAUUUGCAUAAUUCUCUUGGUAUCCUUUGUUGAAAAGCAUGCCUAGGUAGGCAAAGGAGCAGCAAUGCACUACUGUGCGCUAGCUCAUGAUUGGUGGCUGCACAUAUAAACCUCUUAUUUGCUUACCCAAUGUGUUCAGCUAGAUUCCAGUAUUGCAUUGCUUCUCCUUCAACAAAAGAACUAAGCAAAUUCUACUGUUUUUUGUUUGUUUUUUUAAUCGUAUGUGUUUUCAAAUCAUAAAAAAGGGUUUCAUAUCCCUUUUAAUUAAAGCAAUCUGGCAGGAAUUAUGUGACGUUAGUUCUGAAAUAAUGGAGCCUCCCAUGCAAUUGUUGCUUUAAAUUUGUGUUCAAAUGUUAAAUGCACUAUUUUAUCUGUGCUCUUUCAUUAAACCGUUUAUGUUCUGCAGAAGUCAACCAAAGAAUAAUCUGGUGUAUCUGAAAAAAAUGUGAGUUUGCAAUGAAAUAUUAUUUUUGUUUUCAUUUUACCAGAAUAUCCGUAACUUGUUCAUGUAGUUUAGGUGAUGUUCAGCGUCUGCACUAUUUUAUUUGUAAAUUUGUCACAGGGCUGCUUGCAUUAAAUAAUUGUCUUUAAAACUUU